AUGUGGAUCGCAUCGAUUUCGAAGCUGUUCACAGCCGUGAGCUGCCUGAUUGCUGUAGAGAAGGGACUCAUGACACUCGAUACUAAUGCCCUAGAUGUCAUUCCACAAUUCUCGGACUUGCAACAUCUCACCGGCUUCGGGGAUGUUGGUGUUGGUAAUCGCGUUCCAAUACUUGAGAAGGUUUCUGGUCCCAUAACUCUCAGACAGCUCUUGAGUCAUUCAAGCGGUCUCGUAUAUUCCCAGCAUCAUCCUGGUCUGAGAGAAUGGGCGCAAUACAUUGGAAAAACUGAUCACCCUUUCUCUGGUUCUUAUAAUGGUUUAUUCGCUCCAACUAUCUAUCCUGCAGGAAAAGGUUGGGCUUACGGCACAGGUAUGGACUGGGCAGGACGAAUGGUCGAGAUUGUGAGUGGACUAUCUCUCGAGGAUUUCAUGCGCGAGAACAUCUGGACUAAGCUUGGAAUGACUUCCACAACAUUCCGCCCCGAAUUGCGUCCAGAUUUUGCAGCAAGGCGUGUAUCGAUGGCGAUAAGAAGCCCUCAGGACAACUCCUUGCAACAAGGCUCAGUCCCCUUCGCCAACCCAACCGUCGACUACUCCGGUGGUGCGGGUCUCUACUCCAGCACUGAAGACUGCGCCAAGUUCAUCGCAGCACUGAUGGCCGGAGGAGGUGUCAUCAUCUCAAGCCAAUCCGUGGACGAGUUGAUGAGCCCUCAACUCGAGACAAAUAGAUACUUCCUUGAUGUCAUUAGAGGAGCUGGAAAGAAGCAUCUUGGACAGACAUGGCCGGAUGACGUCGAAGGCACGUUUGGCCUGAGUUCCUCAAUCUGUUUGGAAGACUUCCCUGAACGCCGGGCGGCGAGGUCUUGUAAUUGGUCGGGGAUGCCCGGACUACACAUUUGGAUGGACCGAGCAAGCGGGAUCGGGGCAAUGCUAGCCACGCAGGUGCUGCCUCCGGGAGACGCAACAGUCACACAAUGUCUCCUUGAGCUCGAGAAAGCCUUGUAUCGGUGUUCAGUAAAGUAA